AUGUGUAACACAGCUGAAGUACCGCGCCAAAAAAUUCCAAAAGAUGGCGUGGGCCCAAGAGGAGUGCCCGAUUGCUAUUACACUUCGCGGGUGUUGAAUUCGACCUUCCGCUACGCGAAGUUCGUCCGGAAACUGCGUGCUGAGGAGGAGGAACAAAGGAAAGGCGCCGAGAACAAAGCCAAGGAGGCGAGGGACAACACGAUCAAUGACUUCUUCCUGAGAUGCGACCGCAGAUCUCUCAUCAAUGACGUGGCACGGCGAGUCGACCUCUGCAUGACCUCGUAUCAAGAGGAUCUGAAACUGAAGAGGCAAAAACUGAAGGAGAUCCUCGAGAGAGAGGAGGAAGAGAGCAUCCGCAAAUUCGUGGAGCAGGCGCAGGCCGGGGCGGAGGCGCUCUGGCAGGAGAAGAAGGAUCGCCUGCAGUACCUCCUCGACAAGAGGAAGGAGGAACACGCCGAAAAGUACAAGGACACGCCGCUGUCGAAAUGUGCCCACGUGCUACCGUGUGUCUUCAAGCUUCGCGCGAAAGAGGCUCAGGAGAUCCAGCUGUACCAGAUGAAGGAGAAGCAAGCGCGGAGAGCUGCGGAGGCGGAGUUUGACAAGAUGUGGCACGAGGUCACCAUGAAGGAAGCGGACGCCUUGGCUGCACGAAUGGAGCACGACGCUAUUGAGCGCUACCGCAAAGACCAGGACUGCAAGAUGUACUCCGACUACGAGCUCGAGCAGAAGAGACUGCGGCGGGAGAGGGAGAAGGAGCUGCUGAAGCAGGAGACGCUUAAGUUUAGAGCCAUGUGGGAGAUGGAGAAUAGAAAGGCGGAGGAAGAGGAGCGCGUGCGUAAAGAGAGAGCGUUAGAAGUAGCGGAGGAGCAGAAGAAGCUGUUGGCGGAGCAACGGGAGAGAUUGGAGAGGGAGAGAGCGCACGAGAAAGUCGUCUCCGAAGCGUGGGACUCUCUUGCGGAGCAAGGGAUCGCCGAUGAGAAGGCGCAGAUCGAGCUGAGGAAACGGAAAGAGCGCGAGCUCGACGAGUGCAACAGGCGGCUGCUUGAGCUCAAGGGCGAGCUGGCUCGCUUGGAGAUUCUGGACGAGGCGGCGAGGGAGGGGGAGGCGGCCAGGGGAGCCGAAAAGGCGGACAGAGCCAGGUGCCAGCACGUGCUCUGGGCGAAGCGCACGGGACGGGAAGUGAGCCAAGCGAUAAAAGAACAGAUCAAAGAACGCCAACUGGAGAAAGAUCUGCUCAUGAAGAAGAAGACGGAGGAAGAGGAAUAUCAGCGGCAGUUGUUCGCUCAAGUGCAACAGCUGGCCGAUUAUAAGAGGGCGGCGGACGCAGCGAAGAGGAAGGCACACCAGAACAACUUGCGCAAACAGAUGGAAUACACCAACAUAUUAAAGGAGCGAGCGCGGCAGGAGGAGUUGAACCAGUUGAAGAAGUACAAGAUCGCCACCGAAGAGUACGAGUGUGAGAUCGCCAAAAUGCUCUCUCGUGUUUCAGAAACCGGGCGUAGACCCUUCUUCAGCGAUGAAGUUCACCCUUUCAUGAAGCAAAUGGCAAAAGGCAUGAAACUGACCGAAAAGUGCCCAUGCUCCAAGAGUGACUACUGUAAA